AUGCAUCCUUCAAGUCAAUCAAAAACCAAGACAAUACAAGGGUCUCUUCCAGUCAUUGAUUCUGGCCAAGACGUUCAAGAAACGAAUGAACGACGUCACAUACAUCUUCGCCAACUACUUCCACCAACGAAUGUUAUCGAUCAUCUACGUACAAAAAUUACAAAUAAAAAGGGGAGUGAUAAAACAUCGCCACCGCAGUCUUUAAUAACGACAAGUGCUCCAAAUGAGCCAGUUAAUAGAAAAAGUUUGAAAUCGAUUAUGUCAAACGAAGCCACAAAAUCUCAUGAAAAUAGUGCUUCUUCAUUACCACCUAUGGAAUCCAAUGUCAAGCAAAAUGGACCACAAAUUGUGGAAAAUAAUCAAGUAGAGGUAGCAUCUUCUAUAAAUAAUGUUAAUGACGAAAAUAUUACAAUAAAAGAAAUAGUUGAAAAGAAUCGUACAUCUUCGUUUAACGAAAGUGAACAAGAAGAAAGCUUGGCGAUCGAUCGUGAUCAGCUGAAAAAACGAAAAAAAGGGAAAAGAAGUAAUCGUGUAACACCACGUCAAAAAACUCGUAUUUCUCAUAAAUCACAGCUAUCUUCAUUGGACGAUAGUCAACAGGAUUCAAUUUCAGAGAAUAAAGUAUCAAAACAAAAACGACACAUUAUUCGAAGUUGGCCAUUUCAAUUACGAGAUGAAGAUUUUUGGGAACUAUUUCAAGAUUUGCCAAGCGAAGAACAAUUGAUUGUUUGUAAAGUGUUCUUCAAAUCCAAUAUGAACUGA